CAAAGGUUUUCCUCAUUCUCCACUAUUUUUUAGUAAGUUUGCAACAAUGUCACAAAAAUUCUUCUUGUUCUUUGACUUCCAGGAUGGACCUCAGGCUGGACAGACAGUUCCUCAUGUGCACAUCCACAUCAUCCCCAGGAAAAGUGGUGAUUUUGAGAAAAAUGAUGAAAUUUAUGAUGCGAUUGAUGUGAAGGAGAAGCAGCUGAAGGAGAAGCUGGAUCUCGACAUUGAUAGGAAAGAUAGAACAUUUGAAGAAAUGUCUCGUGAGGCUGAUGAAUAUCGACUGCUUUUCUCAUAAUGAUUUUCCAUAUUAUUGGUUAGGAGUAUCAUUUCCUUCAACGUCUAACCCUGGAAAGCUAAUUUAUAGCCGCUGAUUCUUCCUAUUAUCUGGUUAACUCUGCACAAGAAUCUAUAGCUGUUCCAAUCAUCUUUAAAUGAUAGUUUAGUGACUUGAGAAGACCUUAUUACAACUUUAUUUUUUUAAUCUUUGUUAUAUAUUAGUAAGGCUGAGAGCUUGUUGUGUUGAUCCAAUUUUAAGUUAAUUUACUUGUGGUUGCUGUAGUAUCUCUAUUUCACUUAGAACUAUACACUGUCUUCAACAAUAAAAAAUUUUAUUUCUUGUGUUAUCAUUCAA